UCCAAAAUGCACUGAUUUUAGCUUCACUGUACACGUAAAUAGUGGGGGGGGGGGGUGUAUUAGGUGUUGACCGCUAAUAUUGACCUGCCCAAUUGAUGAUGCUGGAAUUGAGUAACUGUUGUCACUUGACAGGUUCACACAACUCUAAGGUGCAGCUGUGGAAGUGUGGCCAGGGGUUCCGUCACCUGGAGCCUCUCUUCACCAUCCCUGUGCCUGGUUUUGUCAACAGUCUGAAGUUCUCCAGCUCUGGGAAGUUCCUAGUGGCAGGAGUAGGACAGGAGCACAGGCUUGGUCGGUGGUGGAGACUGAAGGAAGCAAAGAACGGACUCUACAUUAUUCCUCUGAAAAGACAACAGCCAGAGCAGGAAGGGGUCCAGAAUGGAGAAGAGAAUGGGGUUUAGUUGAUCUAUGUAUGCCUUAGAUUUUGUAAAUUAAAUUCUUUACACAAAUGCUAUUUGUGUUACAUCUAUCAAUUAACUGCAGUAAACAGUUUCUGUUGGGGGGGGGGGGGGGGACUUUUACAAAUUUCACUUGAGGACUAGAACCGUUUUUGUGCUCUUCCCGCAUCUAAUUUCUGUGUGCAGAUGGGCUCCGAUUCCGAGUUAAGCGUUCUUAAAUGCUAUUUGUUUUGGGUGGAGAGUGAAUAAAUAAAGGUGUUUCUACAGAUGUGCUAUA